AUGGCACCUGCUACCACCGAACAGAACUUCCGCGCAAACCUAUCGCAGUUCCGCUGGGCCCGCGGGACAACAGACGACUUGCAGGAGCAGCCGGCACCGUCGGCCAACCCGUUCUCGCGGUUCUACAAUGCUGUGGGGGCCGGCUACGUACCGCUGCGGUCGAACGAGCGGUCGAAUGAGGAGGAGGCGUAUUUCGCGUUGUCCAGAUGGGAGAGGCUGUUAGGAUUCGGAGCGUGCCUCCUGGGAGCCGCAGUGUGUUUCUUCGUCGCAUUCUUGACAAUGCCGCUGCUGGCGCUGCGGCCAGCGAAGUUCGCUCUUGCGUUCAGCCUGGGGAGCUUACUGGUUAUGUUCGGAUUCUCCGUCCUUAUUGGACCCAUAAACCAUCUCAAGCACCUUCUAUCAAAAGAGAGACUUCCAUUUACUGGCGCCUAUUUCUCUAGCCUUGGAUUGACCUUGUACUUCUCGUUGGGUGCCCACUCAUAUAUCGGUUCCCUGGUAUUCGCCGUGAUCCAAGUCAUCGCUCUCGUUUCCUAUGUACUGGCGUACUUUCCAGGUGGUAUCCAGACACUCCGUUUCGGCUCUCAAAUGGCCUUCCGAGGGGCAGGCAGCCUCCUACCAUUGUAACAUAUAUAAUGCCAAGCACCAGAGAUAUACGGAUGAAGAUAUGACAGAACUAUAGCUACACAUCUGCUUGACAGCAUACACAGGUUUCGCACAUUUUCACAAACCGUCGGCGUAGCCAUUUUGUUCCCCGAGAUCGGCGACCUCCCGAAGCUUGCGGACCAAGGUAUCGAGAUAAGCCUUAUUGGAACGCCAUUCUUUGGGCGCGACCGGGGACUCGAGGUCGAUUGAGACUAGCUGCUGCAGCACAGGCGCCAGUCUCCCGCCCACUUCUCCACGGAAUGAAUUGGCAUCC